AUGGAGUCAACGAAAUGCCAUCUGCAUCGAUUAGUGGAUACUAUUUCGUAUUUUCGUUCUUCGAAUUAAUGGUGAAACAUACUUCAAAACAGCAGAUAAACGACAAUUUUGUUAUUUAAAUAUAAAAUUAAUCAUCGAUAAUUGUAUACAAUACGUUUGCUAUUAGCAAAUUUGUCAUUUUUCAAACGAAGGUGUUAUUUAAGGUAUGUUAUACGUUUUGCGCAAUAUUCAAAGGCAUUCUUAUAUUUAACGAGCUAUUUCAAAACAUAAGAGAUGCAUAUAUCGAAGAAAACAAGAGUGUUGUCUUAUUUGGUAGUAUGGAGGUUAAUUUCUGUCUUCGUGGUUCAAACCGCGCAUGUACCGGAUGAAUAUUGGCAAUCAUUAGAAGUUGCUCAUCGUUUAGCAUUUGGAUAUGGAUAUGUUACGUGGGAGUGGGACAUGAAAAUUCGCAGUUACAUAUAUCCAUUUUUGUUAUCCGUUAUAUAUCAAGCGUUAGCGUCGAUAUCAUUGGAUUAUGUAACAAUAUUAACAACGGUACCUCGAGUACUUCAAGCAACGAUCAGUGCUUACGGAGAAUACAAAUUCUACGAGUGGUCCAAGAAUAAAUGGGCACUGUAUAGUUUAUGCAUAAACUGGUACUGGUAUUAUUGCGCCACUCGUACAUUGAUUAAUACCUUAGAAACUGCAUUCACCAUGAUAGCUUUAUCGAUAUUUCCAUGGCGUGACAGUAAUAUUAGAAGCAUAAACUAUUUCUGGAUCGUAGGGUUUUUAUGUAUGAUCAGACCAACCGCUGUUAUUAUAUGGUUGCCUUUAUGUCUUUAUCAUUUAUGUACAAGUUUAGAAAACAAGUUGACGCUAAUAAGUCGAUACAGUGUAAUAUGUAUUAUCUGUUGUUUCAGUUCGAUAUUAUUGGAUAGUUACUAUUACGGUACGUUAACUUUUUCUCCUUGGGAAUUCUUUCGUGUAAACGUACUUUAUAAGGUUGGUGAUUUAUAUGGAACUCAACAUAUAUUAUGGUAUAUGGUGUGUGGAUUACCGGUACUUUUAGGGUGCCAUUAUGUUUUAUUUCUAUUAUGUAUUUUUCAAGUAACGAAACAUCCAUCCAGUUUUCACCGUCAAGCAGUUAUGUUAGUCGUUAUAGUUUGGACAUUUGGUAUCUAUUCUUUGUUGGCCCAUAAAGAAUUUCGAUUUUUAUUACCUCUUUUACCAAUGUGCAUAUACGUAUGUACCUCGUGUACAUUCUCUUUGAACGUGAAGUUUAUAAAAACAGCAAGAAAUAUUUUUGUGGGGCUAUUAGUACUAACCAACGUGUUACCUGGCCUCUACUUUGGUUUAGUACAUCAACGUGGAUCGUUGGAUCUAAUGAAUCUGCUUCAUAAGGAAGUUGUUAACACCGAUAAUAGCAACAUAUUGUUUCUCACUCCUUGUCACGCUACUCCUUUAUACAGUCAUUUACAUACGAACGUAUCUACCAAAAUACUAACUUGCGAACCUAAUUUUACCAAUAACAUAAGCUAUAUGGACGAAGCCGACACGUUUUUUGCAAAUCCAAUGCAGUGGCUCGAUGAAAAUUAUAGCAGUAACAAAAAUACUACAAUUCCUGAUUAUGUAAUAUCGUUUGAUCAUAUUGUACCGAAAAUACGCCGAUUUUUGAAACAUUAUCGAUUGAGGUCGCAAAUUUUUUAUGCGCAUUUUCCACAAUCGAAUUAUGGAAAAUACAUUUAUGUGUAUAAGCGUAAAUGAGAACUCGUUAAACGAAAAUAUGUAUUUGCUUUGUUGCGCUAGUAAAUUAUUCUUUAUUACCGUUAUUUAUGGUUAUACCACUUAACCUGUAUCAAGCUAUUUAUUAACUGGUUGUUUUUAUUCGUUUCCCGAAAUAAAUAUUUUCACGAA